ACUCUUCCUAGCAUUUUCUGAGUAAUUCAGCCCACAUAAUAAUCUGCAGCCAUGAAGUGGGUAACAUUAAUUUCAUUUAUUUUCCUCUUUAGUUUUGCUACAUCCAGGAAUCUGAAAAGAGUUGCUCGAGAGUCAGAGCACAAGAGUGAGAUUGCCCAUCGGUACAAUGAUUUGAAAGAAGAGACAUUUAAAGCAGUCGCCAUGAUCACAUUUGCCCAGUAUCUCCAGAGAUGCUCUUACGAGGGGCUGUCUAAGAUGGUGAAGGAUGUUACUGAUCUGGCACAGAAGUGUGUGGGCCAUGAGGAUGAUCCUGAGUGCACAAAGUCACUGCCCACCAUUUUCCUAGAUGAAAUCUGCAAGGUAGAAAAACUCCGUGACUCAUAUGGUGCAAUGGCUGACUGCUGUGGCAAAGCUGAUCCUGAAAGAAACGAGUGUUUCUUGUCAUUUAAAGUUCACCAGCCAGAUUUUGUUCAGCCAUACCAAAGACCAGCUGCUGAUGUGAUAUGCAAGGAAUACCAGGACAACAGAGUGUCAUUUCUGGGACAUUUCAUCUAUUCUGUUGCAAGAAGAAACCCUUUCCUGUAUGCCCCUACUAUCCUUGGUCUGGCUGCUGAUUAUGAACAUGCACUUCAAGACUGUUGCAAAGAGGGUGAUACUGGUCCUUGCUUGGAUGAAAAGGCAGCUGCCAUAAAAGAAAAAGCCAAGAAAAUAAGCGUGAAGCAGCAAUAUUCUUGUGGAAUCCUCCAUAAGUUUGGAGAGAGAAUUUUCCAAGCAGAUAAACUUGCUUUUCUUAGCCAAAAAUAUCCCGGGGCUCCAUUCUCAGAACUUCAUAAACUUAUAGGCGAUAUUAAGGGUAUCUACAAAGAGUGCUGUGAGGGGGACAUGCUGGAGUGCAUGGAUGACAGGGCUCAGCUUAUGAGCUAUAUAUGCUCUAAACAUGAUGUUUUCUCAAGUAAAAUCAAAGGCUGCUGUGAGAAACCAAUUGUGGAACAAAGCGAGUGUAUUAUGGAAGCAGAUUUUGAUGACAAACCUGAAGGUCUCCCUUCACUAGUUGAAAGAUACAUACACGACAAGGAAGUGUGUAAACACUUUGAGGCUGACCAUUCCUUAUUCAUGGCAGAGUUUCUUUAUGAAUACUCGAGAAGACACCCCGAGUUCUCCAGUCAGCUGCUUCUGAGAGUUGCUAAGGGCUAUGAAGAUCUCCUGGAGAAGUGCUGCUAUUUAGAAGAGACCAAAAGGUAUAUGACUGUGAUUGUGACCAGGAUGUCCUGCUGUAAUGUCAGUAAUAAAUUUGACGUUCAUUUGCAGGAAGAGGAAUUGAAAAAACACAUUAAAGAAACUCAGGAUGUUGUAAAGAUAAACUGUGAUCUUCUUGCUGACCAUGGUGAACAAGACUUCCUCAAAGCAGUUCUGAUCCGCUACACUAAGAAAAUGCCUCAGGUAUCAACUGAUACCUUGCUUGAAAUUGGAAAGAAAAUGUUAGCUGUUGGUGUUAAGUGCUGCCAGCUUCCUGAAGACAAACGCCUACCCUGUUCUGAGGGAUAUCUGAGCAUUGUGAUUCAGGAUAUGUGCAGGAAACAGGAGACCACACCGAUAAACGACAAUGUUUCACACUGCUGCAGUGACUCCUAUGCUUACAGGAGGCCAUGUUUCACUGCCUUGGGAACAGAUGAUAAAUACGUGCCUCCACCAUUUAACCCUGAUAUGUUCAGCUUUGAUGAAAAACUGUGCACUGGAACAGGAAUCAAACUACAACAGGUAACCUUAAUUGCAUAUUGUGGCUCUCUUUCCAGAUUGCUUGUCAACCUCAUUAAACGCAAGCCCCAGAUGACAGAAGAACAAAUAAAGACAAUCGCUGAUGGUUUCACUGCCAUGGUAGAAAAGUGCUGCAAGCAACCAGACAUUGAGACAUGCUUUGGGGAAGAGGGUGCCAACCUAAUAGUCCAGAGCAGAACCACAUUAGGAAUUGGAGUUUAAUACGUGGUUGCCAGUGGGGAGAAUAGGAAGAUAAAAUGUUUCUGUGCAACUUCUCCUGCCCAUGACCUUUUUUCCUUGGUAUUGAAUGACCAUUUCAUAUGUCUUCAGUGUUUUGUCAAACCACAUACUUUUCCAGAAACUUUUCAAUUCUAUUACCUUGAAAGAAUGAAUAAUAAAUAAAAGCUUUAUAAAUCUGCA